CUUGAAUUGACAAUGCCAUUGGGAAGAAAGGAGGCGCCUCUCCAGUAAAAACCUGAGCCUCCGGCCUGAGGCUGGAAGAAGAAAGUUUGGGCAUUGACAAAGCGUAAAGAGGGCAGCACAUUGCGUUGCUCCCAGGCACAUGUCCAAUGCCAUGGCUUUGCUCGACUGCAAACCGGGCGUCAGAAGCAAUCUUCGCCAUUGGCAACCAGCCGCUCAAAGAACAAACCCCCUUCUUGGACAGGAGGUUUCGCUGGUAGCAGGAUGCAGAAACUCAGUUGUGAGUCCCUUAAGGCAUUGGAUUGGUGCUAGUCGUAGAGCGCCUUUGCUGAGUGCCGGUUUUGAAUGUGGAGCGAAUGGGGCCUGGAAAAGGCAUUCAGGAGGAGCAAAGAAGGUGGGGGCGAGGGGGGCUCGGUUGGACUUGGACUGCUUCUCAAAAAGUGGUGGUACAGUAGAGAAGGUUGCCUCCAGUUGUGGGAGGCCACAUUCGAAAGGCAAACCCUUUCAACUCUCUAGAAAUAAAACGCGGGCAGAGGUGUUGAACGCUUCCACCGGCGGCCAAAGCGGCGUUGAGUUUGCUUCGCAAAGCGUUGGGCCGCAGGCAGCCAGCACUGAGUCUGAGUAUGAGGAAGCCGAGUAUGCUGUGGGGCGAACGGGAGGCGCUGAGGAGAGCCAGCCGGUGGCAAGCACUAGCGGCCGAGGCGAAACUAUUCUUCCUUCAGGAGCGGAAUCAAAGAGUGGCCGGAGAGCCAGAGGUAAUGCGUCGCGCCAGUUCAGAUAUGAUGGGGGUGAACGGACACGAGCAAGAUGGGACUUGAAUAUGAUUGAAACAGAGAGUCCGGAGGCAAAAGAGCAAAAGAGAGCGAGAGCAGAAGUGCUUGGAGGGUCAGAGGAGAACGGGCGUCAAAAGCCAGCGCUUGGGGCGCGUUUUGACACAGAAACCAAUGGCGGGACGCAUUUGGGUGCGGUUUCUGGUAAUGGUGUCGGAACUGAGGGUUCAGAGGCGCGCGAAGGGGGCCCGAAAGAAGCGCAGAUGCACACGGACGAAAGCGCCGAUGCUAAUUUGGAAGAGAGGCGCACCCGGAGAGGGGGCCUGCUGGAACGGGGUGGGAAUGCAGAUUUCGCGCCCAGCUUGCAGAGCCUUCUGUUGACUUUGAAAAGUGCGAACAACUCUCCCCCGCCCCCAAGCGCCUCCGCCUCUUUCCCGGGCCAGAAAGACGACCCCCGCGAGUGGCGGCGGCCGCUCCCACCGUCAGACGCCCCCGAAACUGCCCCCCCAAAACGAAACCGGCGGCGCAGCAAGGCGCGCCAAUUGGAGCCGCACCUAGUUACGCAGGUGGUGGAGGAACUGAAGCGGGAGCCGCAGUGGGGCAACAUCGCAGGGAUUCUUGACAAGUGGGAGGGGAGAACUAGUCUGAGGAACUACGAGCUGCUGAUGAAGGAGCUGUGCUGGCAGGGGGACUACCUGCGCAGCGUCAAGGCGUUUGCGUGGAUGAAGGAGCAGCGCAAGUGGUACCGCCCCAGGGUCGAGAUCUACAACCACCUCCUGCAAAUGCUCUCACGCUACGGCAAGCUGGACUUCAUCCGGGGCCUCUUCAAAGAGAUGGACCUCUACAGCGUCAUGCCGAACAGCGAGUCCUGGCAAGCGCUGAUCUCAGCACAUGGGAAAGCGGGUUCCACAGAGGGGGCGGUCUGGGCAUUUGAGGAGAUGCAGCGGCGGGGCGUGCCGGCAAACAACUGGUCGUACAACUGUCUGCUGUCGGCGUUUGCCCACGGGCGGGAGUGGCAGCGGGCGCUCGAGUACCUGGACAAGAUGCAAGCGGACGGCAUCUCUCCCGACCGCGUCACCUUUAAUACGGUCCUCUCCGCGUGCCGCAACGGCGGCCAGUUCGAGCGGGCGAUUGACAUCUUCGAGUCCCUCCCCAAGCUCGGCAUCUGCCCAAACCGCGUCACGUGCAACACCAUGAUCACGGUCUACUCCCGCAUCGGCCACUUCGAGAAAGUGACGGCGCUGUUCGAGGAGAUGCUGUCAGCUCCGGGGGGGUCCCAGCAGCGGCCGGACCUGCUCACGUACAAUUCGGUGCUUCAGGCAUACUCCAUGAGCGGCGACAUUGAGAGGGCGGGCGCGCUGUUCGACCGCAUGCUGCAGCAGGGCCCCCGGCCGAGCCUGGUGACGUGGAACACGCUCAUGUCGGCAUAUGCCAAGCUGGGGCGCCACGAGGAGGCACGUGCCCUGCUGCUGAGGCUGCGGCAGUACGGGAAGCGGCCGGACGUUGUCUCGUACUCGACGCUCCUGUCGGCAUAUGCCAAGGCGGGAUUGGCCAAGGAGGCGCGAGGGGUCUUUGAAGAAAUGACAAAUGAGGGCGUGAAGCCCAACGCCGUGACUUACAACGCGGUGAUGGACGCGUAUGCCAAGUCCAACGACCACGCGGCCGCGCUGACGUGGCUGGAAAAGAUGCGUGCCGACGGCGUGACGCCAAAUGUCGUCACCUACACGACGCUGAUCAACGCGUGCGGGCGCGCGGGGCGCAUCGAGGAGGCGGCGCGGGUGCUGGACGAGGCGGGGGAAAGCUCUGUGAACGUGGUGACGUUCAAUGCGAUGAUCCACUCGUGCGGCGCCAACGACGCGUUCGACGCGGCGAUCCGCGUCUUCGAGGCAAUGCGCGUGUCGGGGCUGCAGCCCAACAUCGCGACGUACAAUGGUGUGCUGGACAGCUUUGGGCGCGCGGGAAAGCUUGACGAGAUGGAACAGGCGUUUCAGCAGAUGCUGCGAGAGGGGCUGGUGCCAACGGUCGAAACGUUUACGAUCAUGAUUGACCUGUACGGGAAGAAGGGCCUCCCCGAGGAGGCAUGGCGCACGUACGAGGCGAUGAAGGCCGCGGGCUGCCCGCCCAACAUCGUCACCAUGACGUCACUCAUCAACGCGUGCGCCAAGGGCAACAUGUACUAUGAGGGGCUGCUCGCAUGGCAGGAGCUGCUGGCCAUGGGGCUCGAACCGGAUGUCGUCACUUAUGGCGCACUCAUCGAGAUGUGCAACAAAAACGGCAACUUCGACGUGGCGCUCGAGUUCGGCGAGAAGAUGCGGGACAGCGCGCGGCGCGCGGGCGGGCUCAAACCCAACCUGGUUAUCUAUAACCAGCUGUUAGCGGCGGCGGGGCGGCAGCGCGACUUCGACCUGUGCGUGGAGCUGUUCCAGGAGUUGCAGGACAACGGGCACGCGCCGAACAACUGGACGUUCCACGCGCUUAUGGACGCGUUCGGCAGCGCGGGGCGGCCGGAUAAGGUGGAGCGCAUCUUCCGGGAGAUGCACAACGUGUUCGGCGUCGACGCGAAUUUGGUGUCGUAUAACCUGCUGGUCGGGGCGUAUGCCCGGGUCAUCAACUCUCGGGCGCUGGACAUCUUCGAGGAGAUGAAAGAAAAGGGGAUAGCGCCCAGCGUGAUGACGUAUAACUGGGUGCUUAUGUAUAUGCGGAAGGCGGGCACCGGGCCGCAGAAAGCGAUCCGGCUGUUUAGCGAGAUGGUGGCCGGGGGGGUCGCCCCGACGGCCAUAAGCUAUGUCGAGAUGGUCCGGAUAUUGCAGCGGGCGGGGAUGGACGAGGAGGCGGCCGCAAUGCAGAAGGAGUUGGAGUUAGUGCAGGGCGAUGACGCAAUUAUGAGGGUUGCGGAGCUGACGUCAGAGCGGCAAGUUAGCUCAAGGGGAAACGCGGAAGUUGAUUCUAGGGGUUCGUCUGAUCUAGAAACGGAUAACCCGGAAGAGUUGUUAGAAAACAAGGCUGGGUUGUCAGACGGGUUGGAAGGCGAGGCGGGCUGGAGACACCUGCUGGUCGCCACGGAGCGAGGGGUCGAUUAGAUACUAUUUUGAAGAAACAGAUCAGGACAAUAGCCUCGUUUUGAAACAGUGACUGUAUUGAUCUGAGCCAUUGAGCUAGCGCGCGUCUCGUGGUACAUUCGCAGAGAUGUUUCAACCAACAAACGACAUCAAUAUUUUGAUUGUCCCUGCGAGUGCCUUGUU